UCCCCUCCACUGGUAGCCUGCUAUAAUGGCUGAAAUGACUCGACUGCACACACAACCCAUUCCACAAUGACCUUCGAGUGACUCCGUCUCCCAGCUGUCAAUCACCGUGUCCUACAUUCCAGUCUACUCACGUCCAAGCAAUGAUGAACUGGCAUCCACGGUUACCGUGGCGACCAUACCUACACCAAGGCUGCCCCAGACAGCUACCGGGACUCGCCGUCGCCGCCACUGAGCAAGGAAGAGUGGGCGCCAGGAGGAGGCGGAGGAGGAGAGCGAGAGGACAAUGAGCGCCACGCGCCACCACCACGCCUUUGUCUCCCGCAACAUCACCGGCGGGAGCCACGCCUGGACCGCCGCCACCCUCACCGGCUCCGGCUCCGGCUCCGACUUGGGCUCCCCCGCCGACGCGUUCGGGCCCUCCGAGCUGCAGAGCGCCGCCGAAGCGUCGCCGACGGUGGCGAUGGCACCUCGGGCCGCCCAGCCGUUCCCCACCGUGGACGUGCCCGACCACGCCCACUACACCAUCGGCUCCACCAUCCUCGCCAUCGGCAUCACGGGAAUAAUCGGCAACUUCCUGGUUAUCUAUGCUUUCAGCAGGAGCCGCAGCCUGCGCACGCCGCCCAACAUGUUCAUCAUCAACUUGGCCGUCACUGACCUGCUGAUGUGUGUCACUCAGGCGCCCGUCUUCUUCACCAGCAGCAUGCAUAAGAGGUGGAUCUUUGGCGAGAAAGCGUGCGAGCUGUACGCCUUUUGCGGCGCCCUGUUUGGAAUCUGCUCCAUGAUGACGCUGACGGUGAUCACCGUGGACCGCUACUUUGUCAUCACGCGACCCCUGACCUCCAUGGGUGUGUUGUCGCGCAAACGGGCACUCGCCAUCCUGGCGGCGGCGUGGGCGUAUUCUCUGGGGUGGAGCCUGCCGCCCUUCUUCGGAUGGAGCGCGUACGUGCCCGAGGGCCUGCUGACGUCGUGCACGUGGGACUACAUGACGUUCACGCCGUCGGUGCGAGCGUACACCAUGCUGCUGUUCACCUUCGUCUUCUUCCUGCCGCUCCUCGUCAUCGUCUACUGUUACGUCUUCAUCUUCAGGGCCAUACGCAACACCAACAAGGCGGUGGGCAAGAUGGGCGGCAGCGGCGUGCACGCCCACGUGACCUCUCGCGACUCCACCAAGUCCUUCCAGCGGCUCCAGAACGAGUGGAAGACGGCCAAGAUUGCGCUCAUCGUCAUCUUGCUCUACGUGGUCUCUUGGUCGCCGUACUCCACCGUGGCGCUCACCGCCUUCGCCGGGUACGCUGACAUGUUGACACCCUACAUGAACUCGGUGCCCGCCGUCAUCGCCAAGGCCUCGGCCAUCCACAACCCCAUCAUCUACGCCAUCACGCACCCCAAGUACAGGGUGGCCUUGGCCAAGUACAUCCCGUGUCUCGGCACUCUUCUGUGCGUGCGUCCUACGGACCUUCGCUCGGCCAGCAGCAGUUUCGUGUCCACGCGGCGCUCCACCGUCACCAGCCAGACCUCCGACAUCAGCGUACACUUCCGACGACGCAGCAAGAGUCGCCUCUCCUCCGUCUCCGACAGCGAAUCGGGUUUAACAGACACGGAGGCGGACCUGACCAGUCUGAGCUCCCGGCCCGCCAGCCGCCAGGUGUCCAGUGACAUCGGCAAGGACACGGCGGAAUUGCCCGAAUUCAAACCGUCGUCCAGCUUCAAGGGGAAAAUGAAGAAUCACGACUCGGGGAUCUUUGAGAGGACGUCUUUUGACACGGACAUUUCCAUGAUUGGCAUCGGCGAACGCGGCAGCAUUCCUAACAGUGGCGACUUGGGAGACGCUCACGCCAGCAGAAGCGUGCUAAGUCGUAUCCCGAGCAUCGUCAUUACCGCGGAGUCCAGCCCCUUCCUCCCCAUCGGAGGCAGCGGCUCACGCCACACCCGGGCCAAGGCCACCUACAGCAGCACGGGGGCCGGCUCUGGAUGAAGCACCAGAUCCGGAUUCCGCUUUCCAUCGGAAUCUUCGAAACGCGCACACACACGCACAUACACUAUGACAAAAACAUGGAAAUUUGCUUCGUGUUCGAUGACCCUCUUAAAUAGCGAGCACGCUCCAUAUGCAUGUACAUGUAACGUUAUUUUUUUUGUUGUGUGUAUUUGUUGCUGUUGGUUUUGUGGGGUUCUUGUCUCAGUGAUUACAGUCGAACCUCGUUUCGGCGUACCCCUUUUUACAAUGUUUCCGCCGCUAAAACAUUCAAAUUUCAAAGCACUGGUGUCAAAUUGUUCAUUUUCCAUUUCCUGAUUUGGCUUACAACAAACACCAUCGUCAUGUAAAAACUUCAUGAGAACGACCAGAUUUUCCCUACAAAAUAGGCCUUUGUGACAACGAAGGAUUGAAGCAAGGAUUGGGACUGUUUUAUCCUCACGAGAGUCAAGAGUUUAAUUGACUUUUCAUAACCUUUCAUUCCUAAAAUGUGAACUACAACAUCGUGUAUUACACACUUACUAUCCCUCAUGUAAAAUCACAUUUAAUAUGUUGAUUUUUAGAUCUACUGUAUAUCUACGUUCACAUCACUAUUUGAUUUUAUUUUUAUGAAUAAAAAAAAAA